UUUCACCUCAUCCUCUUCCUCAUCUACUACUCCACCUCCUCCACCACCACCACCAUGGGCAAAGUCACCUACAGUGAUGGCAUUGCUAUCCUCCAGCUCAUUAUAUUCCCAUUUAUUCUCGGUGCCGCUAUCUUUAUCUGGAGUCGAACGGGUUUGAGGGUCGGCAGCAAGAUCUGGCGAUACCCCGUCACUCUCUCUCUCAUCCGCAUUGCCGGCAGUAUCUCCUCUUUGAUCUCGAUCAACCAUGAUUCCUACAAUGUUGAAGUCGCGAUUGCCGUGUGCGAGCUGAUCGGCAUUGCACCUCUGCUACUAACCUACAUCGGAGUCCUAAGACAAAUCGACACGGAACAGCGGUUUCCUCCCCGCUUCAUGAAACUGAUCACUCUGGUCGCCAUCAUCGCUCUCAUCCUCGGUAUCGCGGGCGUCAGCAGUGCCGAUGACAACCAAACCGGCUACCGCCCGGACACCAUCGUCAAGGUAUCCAUGGGCAUCUUCCUCGUCAUCUUCGUGAUCUACAACCUUGCCGCCUCCUGGCUGUUCUUCCAGCUCAGUUUCAGUAUGCGGAAAUUCCAGAAGAAGCUUUUCCUCGCCAUCGCACUGUCUUUCCCCUUCAUCUUGGUCCGGUUGGUCUACGCCGCCAUUGGCGAUUACGCCGACAUUGCCAAGUUUUCUGUCAUCGGGGGUAGUCCCACGAUCUACCUGGUGAUGGAUGUGUUGGAGGAGAUUGUGGCCAUGGCGCUCACGAUGGUUCUGGGGAUGUCGGCGGUGUUGGAGUCGGAUUUUGUUAAGCUGACUCCGGCGCAGAUGGGGUCGGAGCCGAAGAAUGAUCAAGUCUAG